GCCAAGCAGCGAGGCAGGAGCGUCUCUGCUCGGAACAGCGUUGUUGCAAGAGUUGGGGACCGGCAGCCUGAGAUGAUGGGCCUGGACACUCGCUCGCAGAAAGCCGUGUCGGGGUCCCUGGAACACGAGAGUGGGGCGGGGGUCUCCCCGCUGCCGCCCCCUCCCUACGGCGGCGGGGAAGGGGCCCUGGAGCUGCGAGGGUCUCUGGACUGUUGGGCGUGUGCCGUGCUGGUCACAGUCCAGAACUUGCUCGUCGGGGGCCUCAACGUCCUCUUCGUGGGGGUCAUAUUUGGGCUGAUCCUGCUCCCGGCGGGGGUGCUGCUGGGGUUCGGGUUCCUGUGCCAUUCCAAGGUAGGUGGUCCUCGUUUUACUACAGCACCCCUCCCUCCCACCGAUAUCUCACAGAAUCAGGACCAGGCAGAUGAGCGGGGAGCUGUGGGUCAGAAAUGAGGACGUUGGCAGGACUGAACUGGGGUGUAAACUAUGUAAACCCUCCCAAAUGCUCUUUGAAAUAAUAGCCUGACCUUUUGAUGCUUUGGGGGUGAGAGAAUGAGGCGUUGCGUAGUAGAUGUGGGGGCUUUUUUUUUUGCCAGGGUUGGGGUGAAGGCCAGUGUGGACAGAUAUGCCUUUCUCAGGGCUCAAUUUGGGUUGUAGUUUAUUCCAGAGCAUAUUUUUCAAUGGGCAAGCCCAGCCGUGGAGCAUUGGGCGGGGGGGCAGGACUUAUGCACUCUGCACAAGCUCAGAGGUACUCUUCCUCGCACACAUCCAAAACAACCCCCAACCAGCCCUAGGGGAGAGAGACUUCCAGGCCAGAUAUGUAAUCUUUUGGCCAAUUUGUUCGUAAUUCCACCCCAAACUUAAAAGUUUUGGAGCAUGGGCUUAAUUGCAAAGGUUUGUAGUUUUCCGCCGUGUUUCCAGCUCCUGGGCUUGUGAAAUCCUGGCAAAAUGUUCUCGGCGUGACCUCGGGCGGAAAAAGCAACACUUUUUGCAUCUCCAAAGCGGGUUUGCCGCAUCCUGAAUACUCUUUUCUUCCCUCCUCCCUGCAGUAGGAAUUGUGCUAAAACUGAACAGGGGCUUGACCUUCUUUAUCCUGGCUAAGAAUUAUUUUUCAAGAAAGGCUCCAUCCAAACGCUGAUAGACCCACUGCCCACUGUCCUCGCUGGCUGGAGCUGAUGGGAGGUGGAGCCCAGCAGUCUGGGGGGCUCCCGGUCCCCCCACUUCUGCUCUGCCUACUUCCAGAGUUGGCAGUCAACUCUUCUCCCCAUUUUGCUUCAGUUCUCUUCCCCAGCUUGCCACUGGCCCAAAGUCUGUUGGUAAACUUCCUUCCUUACUCUAGAUUUUGUGUUGCCGCAGGGACCCAUUUUACAGAUCGGGAAUACUGAGGCUUGGGGAGAGAGGUGACUUGCCAGCAGUCACAGGCACAACCUUCUCCAUGGAAGUCAGUGGGCCAGAGUGGCCAAGCUGAAUUUAGGAACCGGUCUCUUAUGGGGCAGAGAUUCCCUCUUCCACUUCCAACCAUCCCUGCUGGAUGUCCAUAUUUUUACAUUUGUAAGGUCUUUGCUGGCAUCUUUUCUAGAUUUCAGGAAGGGGGGGGGAAGGCCUGGAAUUUGGGCUGCCUUUCCAGAGGCAGGGACCAGGCUUCCUUCAUCUGCCCCAGGACUGGCCUGGCAGAUACAGGAGCUCUGGGGUGGUCUUCCCUAAGGGAGCAUUUAAGGCGGGGGGAGCAACACUGGAAUGCUUUCGGAUUAAGCCUCUCGUGGUGGGCUUUGGGAGAUUGCAGAGGGAUAUCCUCUUUCCAGUCUCCUGGAACGUGUCAUGUGCCUCUGCUCACUUCCAGCGCUGCAGGAUUUUUUUUAGUUUUGCCCUGGAGAAACGGCCUUUUUGCCCAAGAUAUGUGUGGCACAUCUGAGAUGCAGCAACGAACGCUCCUCGCUCACAACACACACACACACACACACACACACACACACACAUCAAGGUGUUUCGUAGUCCCCAAAGCCGCCUUAGCUCCUUUGAGGCAGAAGGUCCAACAAAGACUUCUCCCUUGGGGGAAAUCGUAAAUUAAAAAACUUCACCAUUUGCUGUGUGCACACACAUUUAGAACACAUUGCUAUCAUUUAUUAAAUUUGCUUUGUCGCUUUAUCUUGCAACCCAAAGGGACUGGCAACAAAACCAAACAAUCCAACACACACACACACGGUUCCUGGGAACUCUAGUUUGCUAAGGGUGCUGGGAAUCGAAGUUCUGUGAGAGGUAAAGUACAGUUCCCAGGAUUAUUUGGAUGGGGACAGCGUGCUAAGAGUGUGUUGGUAGCGUGAUAACCCAGUUGCCCGAAGCGCUUGCCUUGCCCCCCCCUCCAAAUGGCAGAGCCAGGCCUACCUCAAAUAGGGUGGCCUGCCCAAGUUAAACCUGAGCAGGCGGGCGGGCGGGGGCUGCGCUGGUUCUCGAGUGCCUACAACACCGGCACAACAACCAUCUCAGGGUGACCACCGCAGAGGAUGCUGGCUUCCUGCUCCCAGACUUUUGUAAUUCACAUUCAGCAAAAGGAGGUGGUAGCAGAGUGGGACUGUACCACUUGAGCUGGCAAGGGGGGGCAUGUGCCAGCCUAAAACAUGGGUAGGUAAACUAAGGCCCGGGGGCCGGAUCUGGCCCAAUCACCUUCUCAAUCUGGCCCGCGGACGGUCUGGGAAUCAGAGUGUUUUUACAUGAGUAGAAUGUGUGCUUUUAUUUAAAAUGCAUCUCUGGGUUAUUUGUGGGGCAUAGGAAUUCGUUCAUUAUGAUUUUUUCCCAAAAUAUAGUCCGGCUCCCCACAAGGUCUGAGGGACAGUGGACCGGCCCCCUGCUGAAAAAGUUUGCUGACCCCUGGCUUAAAAGUUCCUUCAUGGGGGGUGGGGGGAGAGAGGAAACUCAAUUAAAACUCCCCCCCCCCAUUAAAAACAUCUAGCACCUCGGUGUAAAAAGGAUCUCAGCCAGCCAUGCUUAGCUCGUUUUCGGCUUGGAAAGCGUUUUUAUAAAUUCGAUUACUUCGCUUGCCCCCUGAGGUGGUACAGCCCAACCACUGCCACCUCGGGACUCUACCACCUCGCUCUGCUGCCCGCCUCGGCCGGGAGGUGCUUGCAUGGCUAAACUGGCCCACACAGGGAGCUGAGUGUGACCAGGAAGCAGUCUAACCCUCCAGCUGGUGCGAUAUUUCAGGUACAGCAGCUUGUAAACAUGGGCAAUGGAGGUGAGCUCAGCAAUCACACAAACACACCCCAAAAUGAAAGAAGUGAUCAAUAGGGAGGGAGGAGAGGAUUCAGUGGGGCUCUGGGUCCAGACUUCCCACUCUGUUUGCCAUGACAAAAACCAGAUGCCAGGGUCAGGGCCUUUGAUAACCUUGUGGGGGACGAGAUGCACAUUCCAGGCAUGGAUGUGUGGGUCUCUGGUGCCCACCCUGAAAUUUGGGGAGGAGCUGGUUGUUCAGAAAGAAGCCAGCUCCCUUUCCCUCGUCUCUGCCCCCUCGCCACCCUUCUCCAGGCUUCUUGGGGGGAUCUGGUUGGCCACUGUGAGAUCAGGACGCUGGACGAGACGGGCCUUUGGCCUGAUCCUGCAAACGUGGGCAGCGUGGGUUGGCGUGAACAGUGGCCCGCCCAGCUUGUUCAUGCAAGGUCUUCAUUUUUUGUUUUUUUUAAAAAGAUAUUUAUUAGGGUUUUCACAAUAUUACAAAAUGAAAAAGAAAAAAAAAGAAAAAAUACAAAAUAAAAAUAGUUAAAAACAAUUCAAUCUUUCCAUCACUUAUCUUUCAUUUACUUGUUUCCCGGACCUCCUCAUACCUCCCUUUUUUGUAUUCCAGUUCAAUUUAUUAGUUCAGCAAAUCCUUUCCCUCUUUGUUUUAUCCUGAUCUUUAAUCUUAAUAUAUUAUAGCAUUAAAUUUUUACCUGUUAAAAAUCCAUUUUUUCAUAUUCUUUUAUACCAUUACAACUAAAAACCACUUAACUUCAAUCCAACAUCAUUCUAGCAUUCAUUAAUUUUGCAGUAUUUCUGUAAAUAGUCUUUAAAUUUCUUCCAAUCUUCUUCCACCGACUCUUCUCCCUGGUCUCGGAUUCUGCCAGUCAUUUCUGCCAGUUCCAUAUAGUCCAUCACCUUCAUCUGCCAUUCUUCCAGAGUGGGUAGAUCUUGUGUCUUCCAAUACUUUGCAAUAAGUAUUCUUGCUGCACAAGGUCUUCGUUUUAUGACGCCCCUUUCACCCCUUUCCUCCAGCCUUAUCUGGCUUUUACGGCCAGAUUGGGAAGAGAUGCCCCCUUUUACUUGCGCCACAGCACCCUUGGUUGGCAACUGAUCUGCGUUACGGAGCUUUGUGACCAUGAAGGAACCGCCUUCAUCAAGCAUGUCCACACGCUGGACCGCAGGACGGAGAGAAUGCUCUUGUUUUCAGGUCCUGUCGAAGUUUUGCCACAAGCAUCCGGUCAGCCGCUGUGAGAACAGGCUGCUGACCCAUAGCUGUCAACUUACAGAUUUGAAAAUAUGGGACCAGCAGCCUCGAAAAUAAGGGAUCAGCAGCUAAAAUAAGGGAUUUUACUAUUGUAAAGAGUUACAUGCAUUGGUAGGAUUGACAGAUGCUGUCAAUCCGGCAUGAGGUGGUUUCGGCGCCGCCGCGGCCGCUGAAGCUCCGCCCUUCUGCGUCCCUCCCCAUCCCCUCCUCUUCCUCCUCCCUCAGGCUGCCUCCUCAGCUGCCACCACCGCUGCCACCUCCAGGCUCGCGGGCGGCGUGGGCAAGAGUCUCUCCCCCUCCCCCCCCCGGGCGGGGAAGGGCUGAUGGAACUCCUUGCGCCAGGACAACGGCGCCAGUGCGCGCUCUCGUGCGUGUGGAGGAGGAUCCCGAGCCGCUGCUUCCCUCCUGAGCCAGGCGAGCAUGAAACCCGGGAAAUUUAAGGGACAUCAUCAAUAAGGGACAGCAGCGCGACAUGGCGCUGGGAUAAGGGAGUUUCCUGCCAAAUAAGGGACGGUUGACAGCUAUGUGCUGACCAGAUGGGCCGGAGGCCUGAUUCAGCAAGCUUCUUCUGAUGGCCUCUGACACCUAACAUGGCUUUCUCUCCCUCUCUCCCUGCAGUUCUUACACACCCAGGAGCCCUACUGCACGGCCCACCUGAACGACGCCUCCUCCGUGGCGCUCCUGGUGGUGGGCUUCACCCUCCUGGUGCCCCUCCUGGUCUUGGCGCUGGCUGCCUACUGCCGCCUAGCCCGCAGGCUCCAGCUGGGCUACUGCCUCGUCCCCUACAGCAAGGCUGUCUACAAGAACCUGCCCGCGUCCCAUUACCACAGUUCCGGGUGCUGCUGCAGCCAGGAUUUCGAGCCAGUGGAGAAAGUCUGGGUUUGAGGAGGGGGGGGGGCGGUUUGGGACCGGGAGUGGGUGGGGUGGGGUGGGGUGGGGUGGGUGGGGAGGGCACAGAACACCAGCGGCAAGAUCUGGACGCGCAAACUUGAGGGAACGCACUUGUCUCAGACCGGCAGCAAGAGUGGGAUACGUCGCCGCAGUGAGAUGUGCAAUGGGGCGUCAGGCUCUCACAGAGCACCGGACUGUUGCAAAGGGAGAGGCGGAAAAUCCCAUCAGAGGCAAGGCUGUCGUUCCUGAAUUGCAGCGGGAUGUAGGGGACCCUUGCGGGUCCCUUUUCAACUCUGUGGUUCUGUGAUUCUAAGGAAAGGGAGACGGCCAAUUUCAGCAUCAGUCCCAGUGUCUAGCCUUCAUCAGAACAUAAGCAGACCUCUGUAGGUGGAUCAGGCCCAAGGAAGUCCAUCUCGUUCUCACAGCGGCCACCCAGAUGCCAGUGAGAAGCCAGGAAGCAGGAGGUGAGCCCAACGGCAGCCGUCUCCCCGCUUGCCUCCAAAGAACGGAAACGACCCUGCACAGAAAAACUUUGGCUCAUAAGGAAAGAUGGACGCAGACCCUCAUUUCCCAGCGGCUUCCAGUAUUAAAAGCCCUAAACACACCCGCAGAGAAUUUGUAAUCUCUCCAGCUGCUGACGAGGAAAAACUGACAAUUCACCCUGGAGGUGAAGGACUUUGCGACGGUGUGCUAGGGCGGAGUGGGGGUCCUCAGUCUCGCUUCUCCCCUCAGCUGCCCUUCAGUUCACACAAACAAGGCUGCUGGAGAGUUGAAGACCCAUUACAGAGUUUCCUACAGAGCGGGAAUUGCUCCACAAGCAAAACUUUGCAUUAAAAAAAGUAAGGAAUUAGCCCUUUCUAUGUAUGAAAGGGUUCUCCUACACAAAGGGGUGGGUGGGAAGAGGCAAGAAUAGCUCUAGCAAGUAGUUUCUUUAACCCAUGGAACUCUCUGCUACCUGGGACAUGUUUGCCUUUGGAUUUCUGUGGUUGGACAAAUGGGUGAUGAUGGAAGCCUGUAUUUGUCCCCGGGGAUAAUUUCUGCAGCAGUAUCAGGAUACGAGUUCCAGAAAGGUUAGGGGUCCUACUGCCCUCUUCCUCGCACGCACACUAAGCCGCAGCCACCUUGAGCUCUUGCCAAGUUACAUAUAAGCACGCUGUUCAAGCGACACAUUUAUCGCGGGCGGGAAUUAUUCGGACGAAACUCUUUUGUACGGUUUUGUCAAUAUGCAGACUACAACUUUGACACGAA